CGUCUGUGGCAGGUCUUCAGGACUACGAGAUUAAGCUCAUGGGUAGAUGGACGUCCGACUGCUACAAACGUUACAUACGUUCACCCUUGAGCAUAUAGUCCAGUCAAUCUAUGCGAUUUUAUAGCUCAAGAUCAAACUAAUUGCAACAGAAGCUUUUUCACUGCCAAAUGAUAGUUACUGGUCUUCUAACUAACAUACUAAAAGUUCCCCAAAAUUCGGAUAGGGGAACAUGGCUAAAAUUAGGUAACAAUCGGACAUUAAAACCACAGGUAACCCAAGCCAAGUAAAAAAUAAGAAUUUGUCCGUUUUAAUUUGCAUUUCAAUUUGUAGUGGUAUUUGAUAUUUUCAAUAAUCCAAUUAUAUCUUUAUUGCCUUAAAAUAGCUCUAACCACUAUUUUUAGAUGGUUAAUGGCGAAAUUAAUAGAUUUUUGUGAUCCACAGGAAUCCCAGAAAGCAAACAUAUUUAUACUGUAUUUUCGUUAGCUUCAACUCUUAUUUAAGAUGUUUUUGAGCCGUCAUGUUGUUUAUAUAAGUAAUAUAGUCAUGUAAAAAAAAACGUAUUCUUAAAAUGUGAACAUUUUAGUCAUGAAMAAUAAAUAAAUUAGCGAAAUUUGGAACCAGGUUCUCUCGGUUACACGAGAGGAAUGCCUAGAGGUUAAUGCAUCACUAUCUUGUAUGUAAGUAAAUUCGCUGUUUUUAAACUGUUUUUUCGCCUUUCAAUCACCUCCAAGAAGUAAAAGGUCUUAAAAGGUAUUUAAAUUAUCUUUUUUAAAACGGUUUUCAAUGCAUUGAUAUUUCAAUUCAUAGGUUUUGACUCGUUUAUAAAUGUUCGUUCCUUUUGUCUGAAUUUACUAGUUUGGAUGGAAUAUGGAAACUUGUUGUAUUUGUGGGGAGAGUCAGUUUGAAGACCAAAACUUUUCAGUCCUUACUGAAAAAGGGUGCAAUAGCAUCAAUCAAGUUGAUAUAGCCAUCAGAGCUACACCUGGAAAUAGAGUUCAUAAAAAAUGUCGUGUUAACCUUUUGAGACCCAAAAAAUCUGCUUGUACAACAGCAUGUGAUCWUGAUGAAUCUACCAAUGUACCUGUUAGAUGCCGCUCUGCAAAGUCCCAAUUUAAUCCUGGUGAAAAUUGCAUUUUCUGUGGUCAACUUUGUAACUAUGAUUGUAAAAGGAAGGGGAGCGAUGUUUAUUCAGUUCGCACGAUGGAAUUCAAGGAAACUAUCCUUAAUGUGUGCAAAGAACGAAAUUACGAUGACUGGGCACAAACUGUGCUAGGAAGAAUAGAAUUCCUUARUGAUUUACAUGCAACAGACACUGUUUAUCAUCAAACAUGUAGUAUUAAUUUUAGAACUGGUAAAAAUGUACCAAAACAAUUCAGUGAAUCUAAGUCUAAGCGAGUGAAGGCACAAGGACGUCCAGUUGAUUCAGUUAAAGAUACUGCUUUUAUGGAAGCUGUACAAUAUCUGAUAGAAAAUGAGGACGAACAACUAACGGUGUUAGAACUAACACAGAAGAUGGCUGAAAGUCUUGAAGACACUGAAGAGGAAGCAUAUAGUGUAGUGUAUAUGAAAAAAAGACUGAAAGAACAUUUUGGUGAUAAGAUCAUGAUAAGUUCAACAAAGAAAAAGCCAAACGUUAUAACUUUCAUCCACAAUGUGGCAUCAAUUGUACAAGAAUUCUUUAUCAAACCCCAAAGUACCGAUGUCGAAACGGAAAAAUCGCGAAUAGUCGAGACCGCUGCAAGACUGAUUAAAAGUGAUGUCAUGAACAUGGAUUCAUCAAGUGAAACUUAUCCAGCACGCGCAGAGAUGUCGUCGGUUGACGCUGCAUUAGAGUUUGUCCCUGACCUGUUACAGUUGUUUCUAAAGACGUUAAUGCCUGGAAAAGAUGUGCGCUUGAAGCUUGCCUCUCUUGGACAAGCCCUUGUCCAGGCAACAAGGCCAAGACAAAUUGUGGCACCUCUGCAGCUUGGGCUUGGUGUCCAGAUGCACCAUCACUUUGCGUCCAGAUUUCUUAUCGAUUCACUUAAUGCACACGGCUUCAGUUCAUCAUAUAGCACUAUUCAGAAGUAUGAACGGAGUGCAGCAGUGACUCAAGGGAUUGACAUACCAGGCUGGGUUCCGGGACGAUUUGUCCAGUACGUUGCUGACAACGUUGAUCAUAACUCAAGAACAAUUGACGGGUCUGGCACAUUCCAUGGAAUGGGGAUUAUCGCCACCAUUACACCUGGAACAAAUACUAGUGUACCUAUUCCAAGAAGAAGUGUUACAGCUCAAGAUAUUGCACAAGCUGGUCGUAUAGACAUCCGUCCUUACCACGGACCAAGUGAAGACACACCAAAACUACAGUGCAAAGAACUGCAGAAAUUACACGCCAACGAUGCUACAGCCAACUUGGACCUUCUUUGGAAGCUAACUGUGCCCCUAACGCUAUCUCCGCGUCCAGGUUGGUCAGGAAUGAUGAAUAAUGUAUGUCAUGGUAUCCAUCCUGGUAAAUCCUCCAUAAUGUUCCUUCCAAUGAUUGAUUUGGAUCCAAGUAAUAUGACCUGUAUUUACUCUACCCUUUCCUUCAUUACUGAGCAAGCCUUCCGUUAUGAAGUCACCCCACUUGUAACCUUUGACCAGCCAUUGUGGUGGAAGGCACUUUUGAUUAUCGAAGAAGAACCACAAGGAAGUAAGAUGAAAUCCAUUGUCCUACGAUUGGGGGGUCUUCACACAGAAAUGAGCUUCCUUGGAUGUAUAGGCCAUUUAAUGGCAGCUUCUGGGCUAGAAGAUGUCCUUGAGCUAGUGUAUGCCAAAAAUGCUGUCAGCCAUAUGCUCAGUGGUAAAGCUAUAGCUCGAGCAAUCAGAGGUCAUUUUUUACUUGACGCUGCUCUCAAUACAUUGCUUGUGUGUGAUACAUUUGGUUUACAUCUUCCUGUGCCUCUCAAUGUCUCGCAGGAAGCCUCAAACAUUGAGCUUGAUGAUGAUGAUAUGGAUCACGAUGACGACGGAGCCGAGCCAGCUUCAAACAAUGAACUAAAUAAAGAAGAUGAACAGACAGUUGAUGAAAUAGUUGAUGAAAAUGACGAGGACAGAACAGAGCAGGUUUUAGAAAUUGACCUCGAGCUAGUAAAGACUUUGCACAAACAGCUUGUUGAAACACCGCAAAUGGCAAGUCAAGUUAACUGUUCUGGAGUACUUAAUUCUGUUGCAAAGAAACUGGAAGAGAAAAGGGUAUCCCUAAAGGAUCACCGUACCGCAAUGUUAUGGCUUCAAUAUAUGAAGAUGCUGGACAUUCUCAGAAGGUUCAUUAAAGGAGAGCGAACAGGCAAUUGGUCACUUCAUCUUCAAGCUGUUAGCGACAUGCUACCCUAUUUUGCUGCUGCAGGUCAUAACCUGUAUGCAAAGUCAGUGUAUAUUUAUCUUCAGUUUAUGCAAGACCUGGAAAAGACCAACCCAGCUGUUUACAAAAGUUUUAUGGAAGGUUUACAUGUGGUGCGUAGGACUGAUCGCUUCUGGGCUGGAUUAUCAACUGACUUAAUCAUUGAGCAGGUGUUAAUGAGAAGCAUCAAAACAAGUGGUGGGCUAACAAGGGGACGAGGGCUCACUGAGACACAGCGCUUGGUAUGGGUGAUGUCCAUGCCUGCUUGUGCUGAUGUAAACAAUGCAAUGCAAGARCUAACUGGCACAAACUUCAACACAAGUGAACAGCAUACCAGCCAAAACAAUCAAUACAAGGACGCAACUAAGGCUAUGAAAGAGCGGGACCACAAUGACACCAUGAAGAUCGUUGACUAUUUAUCUCAUAGAAGUCCAUUUGGUUCUGGCAAAUCCCUAUGCAACAUUGCGACUGGAGUAGUGGCAGAAAAGAGUGUGAAUUGUGAUAGGGCUAAAGAAGUGGGAGACAAAGUUAUUCAAUCAAUGGUUGAUAAGAACAUUCACGAUUAUACCUUUCAGAAGAAAAAUCAAGCAAUAACCCUUGCUUCCAAGAUAGCAGUGCAGCUCAGUGAUGAAAAAGUACAAAUAGAUCCGCAGUUGUUAUUCCAAAGGCUUAGCUUUACAGCUACUAGUGGACGAUAUGACAACCCUCAGACUCUAUUCAAAUAUGAAAUGUCAAGUUACCCUAGUGCUCUCUUUGAUAAUUCACUACUUCCCAGACAAGCAAACAAGCCUGUACUUGCCGAUGCAAUCUGGACACAGACAGAGGGUGUACAAACAGAACGUCCUCAACAUGCACAUUAUGUCAUUGAUGGUGGUGCUUUGAUUCAUCGUGUUGUCUGGCCACCUGGUUCAACCUAUGAUGCAAUAUGUUUUAUGUAUAUCUGUUAUGUAGAGGSAAGAUAUGGAAAGGCAACAAUUGUUUUUGACGGUUAUGAUGAUGGUCCAUCUACAAAGACAUGCACUCAUCAGAGGAGAACCAACAACAUCUGUGCACAACCAGUGCUGUUUGACUCAGAUAUGAUCGUCCCACUUAAGAAGAAAGACUUCCUCUCCAAUCAAAGUAACAAACAGAGGUUCAUCAAUAUACUUGCUGACAAUCUCAGAGAUGCGGGACAUACCAUUCUACAAGCCAAUGGGGAUGCUGACCUCUUGAUUGUUAAAACAGCAGUGCAAUCUACAAGAUCACAAAAUACUGUUCUUGUCGGAGAUGAUACCGAGCUUCUAAUAUUGAUGUUAUACCAUGGAGAAAUGGASACAAAUGAUCUAUUCUUUAUACCUCAGCCCAAAAAGAACUCUAAGACACGCAGAAUAUGGAACAUCAAGAAAACAAAGUCUGCACUAGGACCUGAUGUUUGCAGCAAUAUAUUGUACAUGCAUGCACUCCUCGGAUGCGACACAACAUCCCGAGUACAUGGGAUUGGGAAAGGAGUGGCCCUCAAGAAGUUUAAUAACAAUGCACUGUUCCGUGAUCAAGCCAGAGUAUUUAGCAACCCAGAUGUUUCCAAAGAUGAAGUAAUCGCAGCAGGUGAACGAUCGCUAGUGUGUCUCUAUAAUGGCUUGCCUACGGAGUCUCUAGAUUCCCUGCGAUAUACACGCUUUUGUCACAAAGUAACAAGCGGAAAUGCAUGCGUACCUGUUGAAAGUCUACCCCCUACGUCAGCUGCCGCCAGUUUCCACAGUUUAAGGGUAUAUUUACAAGUCCAGCAGUGGAAGGAUAACCAACUGCCUCCACAACAAUGGGGAUGGGAGCUAAUUGAGGAAAGGUUUGUGCCCAUAACAACAAAUCUGCCUCCUGCACAUCCUUCUUUACUCGAAAUCAUAAGGUGUAAUUGCAAGACAGAUUGUAACACAAGAAGAUGCUCCUGUCUCAAGAAUGGACUUGACUGCACAGCUGCCUGUGGUGUCUGUAAGGGAGCAAGCUGCAAAAACUCGACACUUGUAGAACUUACAGAGUUGUAAUAAAUAAUUGUAACCUAGUCACCAAGUUGAAUAAUGAACGUUAACAAUAUAAUUUUUGCUGCAUCUAUAGAUACACGAUAUAGGAAUAAUGUAAAUAAGUCAUGAAUAGUAGGUAAAACA